AUGACGGAGCUUACAUUAUAUGAACCAGGUGUGCCCACUCACACGAUGGAGCUUACAUUCUAUGAACCAGGAAUAUCCACCCACACGACGGAGCUUACAUUCAAUAAACCAGGUAUACCCACCCACACGACGGAGCUUACAUUCAAUGAAUCAGGUAUACACAUCCACACGACGGAGCUUACAUUCUAUGAACCAGGUACACCCACCCACACGACGGAGCGUACAUUCAAUGAACCACGUAUACCCACCCACAUGAGAGAGCUUACAUUCUAUGAACCAAGUAUACCCAUCCACACGAGGGAGCUUACAUUCUACGAACCAGGUAUACUCACCCACAUGACGGAGCUUACAUUCAAUGAACCAGGUAUACCCACCCACACGACGGAGCUUACAUUCAGUGAACCAGGUAUACACACCCACACGACGGAGCUUACAUUCUAUGAACCAGGUAUACCCACCCACAUGACGGAACUUACAUUAUAUGAACCAGGUAUACCCACCCACACGACGGAGCUUACAUUCAAUGAACCAGGUAUACCCACCCACACGACGGGGCUUACAUUCAAUGAACCAGGUAUACCCACCCACAUGACGGAGCUUACAUUAUAUGAACCAGGUAUACCUACCCGCAUAACAGAGCUUACAUUAUAUGAACCAGGUAUACCCACCCACACGACAGAGCUUACAUUCAAUGAACCAGGUAUUCCCACCCACACGACGGAGCUUACAUUCAAUGAACCAGGUAUACCCACCCACACGACGGAGCUUACAUUCAAUGAACCAGGAAUACCCACCCACUCGACGGGGCUUACAUUCAAUGAACCAGGUAUACCCACCCACAUGACGGAGCUUACAUUAUAUGAACCAGGUAUACCCACCCACACGACGGGGCUUACAUUCAAUGAACCAGGUAUACCCACCCACAUGACGGAGCUUACAUUAUAUGAACCAGGUGUGCCCACUCACACGAUGGAGCUUACAUUCUAUGAACCAGGUAUGCCCACUCACACGAUGGAGCUUACAUUCUAUGAACCAAGUAUACCAAUCUACACGAGGGAGCUUACAUUCUAUGAACCAGGUAUACCCACCCACAUAACAGAGCUUACAUUAUAUGAACCAGAUAUGCCCACUUACCUGUCGGAGCUUACAUUCUAUGAACUAGGUAUUCCAACCCACACACGGAGCUUACAUUUAAUGAACUAG